CUGUCACCUUGAUGCUGCACAAGAAAUCGACGGAGGAGGAGGGUGAUGACGAUGAUGAUGAUGAUGAGGAGGAGGAGUGCCGUCAUGAGGAUGAGGGCUACGAAGACGAUGACGACCACAAAGAUGACUACGACGAUGACGACGACGACGAUGAUGAUGACGGUGACGUCGCUGAUGGUGUGGACCGUGUCAACAACCACCACAGCGAUGACGAUGAUGAUGAUGACGGUGACGUCGCUGAUGAUGACGGUGACGAUGAUGACGGUGACGACGACGAUGAUGACGGUGACGAUGAUGAUGAUGUUGACCGUGUCAACAACCACCACAGCGAUGACGACGAUGACCACGACGAUGACGACGAUGAUGACGAUGAUGACGAUGAUGACGACGACGAUGAUGAUGAUGAUGAGGAGGAGGAGGCGGAGUGGUGGGAGCUCUCCGUGGGGAUCUCCAUGAGGAGUGCGUGGAGGAGGAGAAUGGCGCUUGGCGACGUGGUGCACCACCAGGAAGCAGAGAUCUCCACGAGGGGGGGUGGCACUACCAGCACGAUGAGGGAUCACUUUGUGGGAUGUCGCUACCACCACGCCGUGCCCCCGUCUGGAGGCGAGGUUGAAUACUGCGUCCGCGUGAGAAUCGUGGCUGACUACCCCCGGUGGAAGACAGGGGAGUGGUCUCCACUGUCCUGUGUCUCCGUCCCUCCACCACAUAGCGCCGUAGCUGCUGCGAUCUCCGUGUGGGCCACGGGAGAUGCGGUGUGCGAGGGAGACACGGCCACUCUACGCUGCGUAGUGUCGGACAAUCCGGACUCUGACGCAAUCCAGUGGAGCAACCCUCACGGGCAGACACUCUACUUCCAGAGCGUCAAGGCCCACACAGACCCGCGUGUCUCUCUGCUGCACUGGAGCUCUACCCGGCUGGACGUCACCAUCUCCCGCGUCUCCACGGGGGACCAGGGGCUCUACAGCUGCUCCCUCUUCAGCCUGGAGACCCCCACGGCGUACGCCCUGCUCACCGUUAGCUCGGCGGGAGCUCCUCUUCCUCCGUCCACGCGACGGCGAUGGUGGCGGUGAUGGUGGCGGUGCUGGUGGCGGUGACGGUGAAGGUUCUGGCGCUGUCUCUGGCGCCGUUCCUGGCGUGCGCCGCGUGGGGCAUUUGGAGCUUCGGCAAGCGUCCCGGCAAGCGUCCCGGUAAGCGGCGGUGAUGUUGGCUGCCUCGCCGGCUACACGGAGGUCGUCCUCUUAUUUGUUUUGCGAUCAGUGGGGACAAGAAGAUGCUCGGUGUAGUCGGCACUUUGCUUCGUUCGUCACUUCAUAAAUUUUUUUUGCUUUAUGUAAACCCCCACCUCUCGCUCGCUCACUCAC